AUGCCAGGAAUCAUUCGCAAAAAGUGCCAGCUCAAAUCCUCAGAUCGUCCGUAUCUGGCGCUCGGACUGGAAGGCUCUGCAAACAAACUCGGCGCAGGAAUUAUUCGCCACGAACCAGAUGGCACAGCUACGGUCCUUUCGAACGUCCGCCACACCUACAUCACUCCUCCUGGAGAAGGAUUCCAACCGAGGGACACAGCCCUUCAUCAUCGAGAAUGGGCUCUCAAGGUGAUAAACGAUAGCUUGGAGAAGGCAGGAGUGUCGAUGCAUGACUUGGAUUGUAUAUGCUACACAAAAGGUCCUGGAAUGGGUGCGCCGCUGCAGUCUGUAGCUCUGGUUGCGCGGACAAUCUCCUUGCUCUAUGACAAGCCUCUGGUUGGGGUGAACCACUGUGUCGGCCACAUAGAAAUGGGUCGUGAAAUUACCGGUGCGAAGAACCCCAUCGUCUUGUAUGUCUCUGGAGGAAAUACACAAGUCAUUGCCUAUUCCCGCCAGUGUUAUCGGAUCUUUGGUGAGACUUUGGACAUCGCAGUUGGUAACUGCCUGGAUCGUUUUGCUAGGGUCAUCAACCUCAGCAACGAUCCAAGCCCAGGCUACAACAUCGAGCAGGAAGCCAAAAGGGGAAAACGUUUGGUGCCAUUGCCCUACGCCACGAAGGGAAUGGACGUCAGUUUGUCUGGGAUCCUGAGCUCUGUCGAGGCUCUUACCUACGAUAAACGUUAUAGGCCAGAUGGCAAGCCUAGAGGCCCAGAUGACACCGACACCAUUACACCGGCCGAUCUUUGUUUCUCCCUCCAAGAAACGGUCUUCGCGAUGCUUGUGGAAAUCACAGAAAGAGCAAUGGCCCAUGUCGGGAGCAAAGAGGUGCUGAUUGUCGGAGGCGUGGGGUGCAAUGAACGAUUACAAGAGAUGAUGGGCAUCAUGGCGGAAGAAAGGGGUGGCCAGGUUUUUGCGACCGACGAAAGAUUCUGCAUAGACAACGGGAUCAUGAUUGCUCAAGCGGGAUUGUUGGCCUUUCGAUGUGGUAUCACCACCCCCUUCCCAAAAACUACAUGCACGCAGAGGUAUCGCACUGAUCAAGUGGAGGUUCUUUGGAGAUCGUAA